AUGGAGAAAGCAAAGCAGGCCGUUUCUAGCUUCCUUUCCAACGACGGAAAGCACAGAACCACUGUUGACGAAGACGUUAAGCCUCACGUCACUCAGGAGCACGUCAAGCCUCACCAGCAUGAGAGUGUAACCACUGCCCUUGACAAGGAGGUUCACCAGGAGCACCAUCAUACAACUGUCCAACCCAUUACCCACAAGGAGACUCUUCCCGAGCAGCACCACCACAACCUUAUUCCUGUAGAGCACAAGACCUUUCACCACGGCAAUGAGCAAGACACUCGAGCUACACUCGACCGAGAAGCUGCCAAAUACAGAGACACCACUGAGACCCACAGCACCACUCACUCCACCGAGACUGCUCCGGUUCUCACAGGCGAAAGAAUUCAUCAUCACGUACAUGAGCAUGUCCAGCCUGUGAUUAAUAAAGAGACUGUUCAGCCUCAUGUCGUUCACACGACCAUCCCUAUCCACGAAACCCAUCAUGCGGCACCAGUCCAUCAUGGCACCUCCACUCUCCCCACUAAGACUCUAGAGGAGUUUACUCAAGAGCGUGGUGGUCUCAAGGAGCGAGCAGCUCAAAAGCUCACUGAAUUCGAGGGUUGCCCUAAGCCAUACCGACGAGAGCUUCAGGGGGAGCAAUUGGAAGGCGACAAGUCGAUGCACCUUCACGGUCAUGGUGACAAUUACGGUGAGAAUCAGGGCCUAGCCGGUCGCGAGGGGCAUGGCAUGGGUCACAACACUGAAGGUCUUGCCGCUGGUGCUGCAGCUGGCGCCGGAGCUGCUGCAGCUACUCGUAAGCACCGUCACGGUAUUGGACACAAGGACCGCCGCGGAUCCGCCUCAAGCAGCAGCUCCAUGAGCUCUAGUGACGAGGAAUCUCGUGGUCUAGGCAAGUCUUCCAAGACCAAGAACCGUGGUCUUGGUAGCUCAACUGGAACUGGUGUUGGAGCCGGAGCCGCUGCCGCCGCUGCUGGCGCCGCUCAUUCUCAUCACCAGAAUCGUGAGGGCGCUGCUGCUGCUCCCUCUACACUUGAAGGCAACCGAGGCAUUGGAAGCACCACUGGUCUCCAGUCUGGUUCUGGUAUUCCCGGGGCUGCCGGUGCUGGAUCUGGCGUAGAGUCCAUGGGCACCACUGGUAACAUGAACACCUUCGGCUCCAGCAACCGUGGUAUUGGAAAUCCUAACACAGCUGGUCUCAACAAGUCGCACACCAGCGAGUACGACCAGGUCAAGACUGGAUCCCUCCACAACGACCCUUUGAAGAGUCAACACGCCCGUGGUGACUCUGGCGUAGAUACGCAGACUGGCAAGAAGCCUUCUCUGAUCGACCGUCUCAACCCCAUGAAGGACGCUGACGGUGACGGCAAGAAGGGGCUUUUGGACUAA